AUGGAUAUUUAAGUUAAGUAAGAAUAUGAUGAGCAUAUACAAACAUAAUAAAAUUAUUUUCUAUUUAACUUCAAUGAAAAAUAGUUUAAUGAUGUAAAGGAUAAAGAACAAUUUUAUAUGGAGCUAUACUAAUAAAUCUAUUAAUAAAUUAUUAAUUAUAAACUUAAAAUUCAUUUUAAUUUACCUAAAGUAAAUGAAUACUAAUCUGGUAUGUGUUUUGUACUCAAAAGGCCAUCUAACUCUAGUUUAGGAAGAAUAAUUAACGGUAUGAAUGCCUCUAAAUAUUAUAAUUGCUAGAAAGGUUUAGUAUGCUAUAUAGGCCAAUUAGCUUAUCUUGAUGGUUAUUUCAGAUACAAUAAGACCUUAGGGAUUAGAGUAGUCAGAUUUGCUAGCAAAAAUCAAUUAUAACUAAACGAGGAUAUACUCAAAUACAUAGACUUUGUUCUAAUUCAUAUAUUUGUUAGAGAUAUAUCUGAUGAAAAUCAAUUAAAAUAAAGUGCAUUUAAAGAUGCAAAUAAUUGUUCAAGGAAGGUUUAAUCACUAUAAAACUAUGAUUAUAAUGGAUAUAUGGAAAAAGAGUCUUCUGAUUCUGAAGAGAAAACGUUUAAUCCACGUUUGAUAAAAUAUGAAAAAUUAAACAAUAAUGCGAGAUAAUUAGUUAAAUCAUAGAGCUAAAUGUACUUUGAUGGGAGAGAUAUUUAAUUAAAAUUAAAUGAUGAAACAUAAAUACAGAAAAAAGAAAUCUCACAAAAAAAGGGAGAAUUGAUCGAGCUAGAAGCAAAAUUAUAAAAGCUAGUAGAGGAAAAAGAAGAAUAUAUCAGGUCUCCAAAGUUGCUUAACUUAUAUUAAAUGUUAUCUAGUGAACAAAAAAUUUAAUUUAGCUGA